GUGACUGCAGUCAAGAUGUCUCCAUGCUGUUGGCUGGCUCUGUUGGCUCUUGUCCCCUUAACUCUGGCCACCAACCCUGGAGUCAAGGUCAAACUCACAGAGAAGGGCAUUGAAUAUGGUAAGUGUAAGAAAGGGCAAUAGAGCUAAAUGAGUCUGUCUGUGUGUUGAGAUCAUUCUGUCCCAAUCCCCCGCUAUCCUGUCUUGUCCACAGGCAAACAGAUUGGGAUGGCAUCUCUGCAGCAGAAACUCAAGACCAUGAAGGUCCCAGACCUCUCUGGGACUGAGAGAGUGGCUCCCAUUGGCAAGGUCAAGUACAGUUUGACAGGGUAAGGGAGAAAAUCCAAUAUAUUUUCCCCAAAAAUACAUUGCAGUCAAAUACAUUUGCAAUGAUCUGCAUAUCUCAUGUAAAUUGUUGUUGAUAUAGUAAACUGUGCUUACAAAUGCUAGUGUUCACAACACUCCCCUAUCAACCAACUCUGUCUCUGAGUACUCGGUUUUAUCCUCCAGAAUGACGAUAGUGAAUCUGGGACUGCCGAAGUCUGCUCUGGCACUGGUGCCAAGUACUGCAAUCAGCCUGACCAUUACUAAUGCCUUCAUCAGCCUGCAUGGGAACUGGAAGAUCCGAUACCUUAGCUUCAUGUAAGUGCAUCCUCGGGACCAGCUGGAUUGUUCCAAGCAAGCUGGAUCUAAAGACUGCACACCAGUGGAGGCUGCUGAGGGGAGGACGGUUCAUAAUAAUGGCUGGAAUGGAGUCAAUGGAAAGGUAUCAAACACAUCAAAGACGUGGUUUCCAUCUGGUCGAUACCAUUCCAUUGACUCCAUUCCAGCCAUUAUUAUGAGCCGUCCUCCCCUCAGCAGCUUCCACUGCUGCACACCCAGUACAUCCCCAGGACAACACUGCACAAUGUUCUCUUGGGUCUGUCCAUAAAACUAAGGACUCAAUCAACAAUCCUUAUUUUCUCAUUAACAAUCUAGAAAAGAUAGUGGAUCCUUCGACCUGGAGGUGAAUGGACUCACCAUCACUGACAGUAUUACAAUGAAGAGUGAUGAGACUGGCAGGCCAACGGUCAGCAGUGUCAACUGUGUGGCCAACGUGGGCAGUGCUAGCAUCAAGUUCCAUGGUGGAGCCAGGUAACUAGACUAUAAAGUUGCACGAAACACUAUAGUCCACUAAAAACGUUGUGAGUAUGCAUGUUACCGACUAAGGAAGCCUAAUCAAACCAUAAUGUUAUAAAAUGAUUACAAUGUGGAUUUAUCGUGCUUUGGUUCCUGUUUCCCAGCUGGCUGUACAACCUUUUCAGUGCCUACAUUGACAAGGCCCUGCGCAGUGCUCUGCAGAAACAGGUGAGAGACAGUGUAAUGCCAGACUACAAACUCAACCAAAGACUCACUUCCUCUCUGACUCAACACUUCAACAAUCACAACAGGUUAUUCUUCUUCUGUUCUCUUGACAAUAACAAUCGCUCUGUUCAUUGUUACAGAUCUGUCCCCUAGUGGCUGAUGCUAUUACUGACAUGAACCCACACCUCAAAACUCUCAAUGGUAAAACACAACUUGUACAUAAGAAUGUACGAUAAUGAAUUGAUUAGUUCAUUAUUGAUACAAAAAAAUAUAUGUUUUCUGCCAUCUUGUCAAGUUCUAGCCAAAGUGGACAAGUAUGCUGAAGUUCAAUAUUCCAUGGUGACAUCACCCACCAUUUCAAAUUCCUCCAUUGAUUUCAGCUUGAAGGUGAGAACUCCAGAUUUCAAACUACCAAUGUAUCUGUUCAAAGAUGUAAACAAGCAAGAGGCAUAAAGGUCAAACCUCUCUCUAUUUCUCUCUUUGCUCUCCCUCUCUCUUCCUCCCCCCCCCCCCCCCCCCCCCCAUCUCUCUCUGCAGGGUGAGUUCUACAACAUUGGGAAGCACCAGGAGCCUCCAUUCUCCCCCACACCCUUCUCACUGCCUCCUCAGGUCAACAACAUUCUCUACAUCGGGAUCUCUGCCUUCACCAUCAACUCUGCAGGAUUCGUGUACAACAAUGCUGGCGCACUUAGCUUCUAUAUCACUGAUGAUAUGGUGAGGAUCCCUUCACAACUGCAAACGUCUUUGUUCUAGACAGGCUCAUCCACAGAGUGACACAGUCCUCCUCUCCAUUUUCUCCUGACAGAUCCCUCCAAGCUCUCCCAUCCGGCUGAACACCAGAACGUUUGGGGCCCUCAUUCCAGAGGUGAUAAACAACACACCAUUGUCUUCAUUUUACCUCACGAUAUUCAGAGUAGUACAGAAUAUGACAUUACUGUCCCUCUAGAGAUGGAAACCUGCCUUUGUUCAAAUAUUUACUCUGUAUUUGUAUCUAAGAUAGAGGAUACCAUGAGUGUUCUCCUCAGGUCAGAAGAGUGAAUAUGUUAUUCUGUGCUUUCAGAUAGCCAAGCGUUUCCCUGGCAUGAUGAUGAAGCUGCUGGUGAAGACGGUGAAAGAGCCCACCAUCUUCUUUGAGCCCAACAACGUGACUGUCCAGGCCAGCGGCACCGUGACGGCUUACGCCAUCCAGACCAACACCACCCUCUCUCCCCUCUUCGUCCUCAACAUGGUCAGUCAGUUUGUCAGUCACUCAAUCAGGAGGAGGUAGAAUGCUGUAGGUCAGACUGUAAGAGUGAUACAUAACUCUACAAGCUCUCCGUUCUCACUACAGGAGGGUAGUGUCAGCGCUCGACUGUACGUGACCGGGAUGAAGUUGGCUGGGGCUGUCACUCUGAACAAGUGAGUAUGAUUGUCUACACGGGUGCAAAAGGGGAAGAAAGUAUUUUUCAGAAACUGACCAAAGGAAAUGAAUGCGGUCUACUUUUCACAGAAUUGAGAUGACUCUGGAAACUACUUAUGUGGGACAGUUUCAGGUAAGAAUUACAUAUUCAGAGCUUAUAACUUGCAUAUAACUUGCUUUUUAAACACUUAAACACACUGAAUCUAAACACUAAAACAGGUUCGAUCUCUUGACAACAUCUUCCUGAUGGUUCUGAAAGUGGCUGUGAUACCAAAGGUCAAUGGUGAGUGCUUUCUUUCCUUGAUUAUUUAUAUUUGGGUCGUUCCAUGAAAAUAGUGGCUUGCGAAAGUAUUCACCCCCCUUGGCAUUUUUCCUAUUUUGUUGCCUUACAACCUGGAAUUAAAAUGGAUUUUUGGGGGGUUCGUAUCAUUUGAUUUACACAACAUGCCUACCACUUUGAAGAUGCAAAAUAUUUGUUAUUGUGAAACAAACAAGAAAGUCAAUACUUUGUAGAGCCACCUUCUGCAGAAAUGACAGCUGCAAGUCUAUUGGGGUAUGUCUCUAUAAGCUUGGCACAUCAAGCCACUGCGAUUUUUGCCCAUUCUUCAAUGCAAAACUGCUCCAGCUCCUUCAAGUUGGAUGGGUUCCGCUGGUGUACAGCAAUCUUUAAGUCAUACCACAGAGGUCUGGGCUUUGACUAGGCCAUUCCAAAACAUUUAAAUGUUUCCCCUUAAACCACUCGAGUGUUGCUUUAGCAGUAUGCUUAGGGUCAUUGUCCUGCUGAAAGGUGAACCUCCGUCCCAGUCUCAAAUCUCUGGAAGACUGAAACAGGUUUCCCUCAAGAAUUUCCCUGUAUUUAGCGCCAUCCAUCAUCAUUCUUUCAAUUCUGACCAGUUUCCCAGUCCCUGCCGAUGAAAAACAUCCCCACAGUGAAGCAUGGUGGUGGCAGCAUCAUGCUGUGGUGUUCUCGGGGUGAUGAGAGGUGUUGGGUUUGCGCCAGACAUAGCGUUUUCCUUGAUGGCCAAAAAGCUCAAUUUUAGUCUCAUCUGACCAGAGUACCUUCUUCCAUAUGUUUGGGGAGUCUCCCACAUGGCUUUUGGCAAACACCAAACAUGUUUGCUUAUUUUAUUCUUUAAGCAAUGGCUUUUUUCUCUCCACUCUUCCGUAAAGCUCAGCUCUGUGGAGUGUACAGCUUAAAGUGGUCCUAUGGACAGAUACUCUAAUCUCCACUGUGGAGCUUUGCAGCUCCUUCAGGGUUAUCGUUGGUCUCUUUGUUGCCUCUCUGAUUAAUGCCUUCCUCGCCUGGUGGGCAGCCCUCUCUUGGCAGGUUUGUUGUGGUGCCAUAUUCUUUCAAUUUUUUUAUAAUGGAUUUAAUGGUGCUCCGUGGGAUGUUCAAAGUUUCUGAUAUUUUUUUUAUAACCCAACCCUGAUCUGUACUUCUCCACAACUUUGUCCCUGACCUGUUUGGAGAGCUCCUUGGUCUUCAUGGUGCUGCUUGCUUGGUGGUGCCCCUUGCUUAGUUGUGUUGCACUCUGGAGCCUUUCAGAACAGGUGUAUAUAUUCUGAGAUCAUGUGACAGAUCAUGUGACACUUAGAUUGCACACAGGUGGACUUAUUUAACUCGUUAUGUGACUUCUGAAGGUAAUUGGUUGCACCAGAUCUUAUUUAGGAGCUUCAUAGCAAAGGGGGUGAAUACAAAUGCACGCACCACUUUUCCGUUAUUUAUUUUUUAUUAAAAAAUAUAUUAUUUAUUAUUAUUAUUUUCAUUUCACUUCACCAAUUUGGACUAUUUUGUGUAUGUCUAUUACAUGAAAUCCAAAUAAAAAUCCAUUUAAUUUACAGGUUGUAAUGCAACAAAAUAGGAAAAACACCAAGGGGGAUGAAUACUUUUGCAAGGCACUGUAUUUUGUUGCUUUGACAAAGUCAUUUUUGAAUAUUAUUAUUUAUUUGUGAGUAGUGAUUCAUCUACAUCUGUCUCUCAUUUUAAGGUCAACCGUGUUACGUGAACUGAAUUCUCAUUUUAAUAUGGUGAAACUACUCCUUUUUAAAUAUUAAAAAAAAAACAUUGAACAUCUAAUAGUAAAAUCAUAGAGUAAAAGCAGGUGAGCUGGUUCUACACUUUUUGGCCAUUUUCUGGUGUUUUACGGUGGAAAACUGAGUGGGUCGAGCAUAACAUGUCAACCCUGUUACCCAUAGAUAGACAGGCAAGAACGUUUUUAACAAUUUCAUUUUUUUUGUGAAGCUUGCAUUCAAUUGCCCCUCCAUGUUGCACACAACAAGCUUCUAAUCCCCCUGUCACUAGGGGAUUUAUGGCUGAUUUAAGAUGAAGUCCUCAACCCUGUUACAGUCAACCCUGUUACUUUAGUUGGCACUUAAUUUUUUUAUUUAACCUUGAGGUUGGAAAACAUUUUUUUUUUUUUUUGUUGAACAUGUACUCUUUAUGACAGAAUGUUAAAAUUAGUUUAAAUCGAAAGUAUUUUUGGACCAAGUUACACUUCUCAAAAGGCACCGAAUUGGUGGAAGGACACAUUCAUUGUUUCUGCACUGAUUGACCACUGUGUUUUUAUCCUAUAGCUCGCCUAGAGAAGGGUUUUCCUCUUCCCUCUAUUGGAAAGAUGAACCUUGUUAACACUCAGCUACAGGUCCUGAAGGUACAUUACAAUAUAUCUAAGAGCUCAGUGCUACCAACAUCUAUCAUUUACAAUAUCUCCUAUACUAUAAACAGUGUGUAUGUGUCCUAUAAUUGACAAACUACUGUUCCUUUUCUCUCUCCAGGACUACAUGCUGAUUGGAACAGACGUUCAGUUCACAGGAUAAGUGCCAUGUAAAUCCCACUACAAAUCAACAAUCAAAUCAAACCAAUGAGACAUGCAAUUAAUGUUUGAAAAUCUAAAUGUAUUAUACAUAUACACUUUCAAUCAAUACACCACAUUCUUAAAUGCUUAAUUAUCUUCCAAUCGUUUCAGUAUUCCACUUUCAUCCAAUUUAUAAUGAAUACAGUGAGGGAAAAAAGUAUU